GGUUUGUACUCGCCAUGGCAGUGGUGCUGCUGCUGCUGGGCAUCAUCUGCGCCGUGUUCUUCGGCACGUGGGUGCGACUGUUCAUUGACCAUGAGCUGGUUCUGCGCCCUGGCUCGAUGACGUUCGAGUGGUGGGCGCGGCCGCCGGUUCGACCGUUCGUGCACGUCUACGUGUACAACGUUACCAAUGCUGACGAGUUCCUCAACAACGGCUCCAAACCUGUGCUCCAAGAGUUGGGACCUUACGUUUACCAGGAGGAGUGGGAGAAGGUGAACAUCACUGACAACGAGAACGGCACUCUCUCGUUCCACUACAAGCGCACGUACACGUUCCAGCCGGAGCAGAGCGCAGGCGCCGACGACGACGCUGUGGUCGUGCCCAAUAUACCCAUGUUGAGCGCAACAUCCCAAUCUAAACACGCGGCGCGCUUCCUCCGGCUCGCUAUGGCUUCCAUCAUGGACAUCCUGAAGAUCAAGCCGUUCGUAGAAGUGUCCGUGGGGCAACUGCUGUGGGGUUACGAGGACCCCCUGCUGAAGCUGGCCAAAGAUGUGGUGCCGAAGGAGCAGAAACUGCCAUACGAGGAGUUUGGGCUGUUUUAUGGAAAAAACGGCACAUCCCCAGAUCCAGUAACAAUGUUCACCGGAGCACUGGACAUGACGAAAUACGGCAUAGUGGAGCGGUUCAACCAUCGCGAUCGUCUGCCGCACUGGACCACAGACCAGUGCAACAGCAUCGCUGGAUCUGACGGGUCCAUCUUCCCGCCGCAUAUCACUAGGAACGAUACACUUGGAGUAUACGACAAGGAUUUGUGCAGACUGCUGCCUUUACAAUACCUCCGCGACGUUGAAUCGUCAGCGGGCGUAGAAGGAUACCGCUUCACUCCACCGGAGGACGUGUUCGCGGACAAUGAGAACAAUAAGUGUUUCUGCCCCGCGGGGCCGCCGUGCGCCCCCAACGGGUUGUUCAACGUGUCACUCUGCCAGUACGACUCCCCCAUUAUGCUGUCGUUCCCGCACUUCUAUUUAGCGGACAAGAGCCUCCUGGACGCGGUGGAAGGCAUCUCCCCACCUGACCCGGAGAAACACAGGCUCUUUAUCGACGUGCAGCCGGAGAUGGGUAUAGCGAUGCGAGCUCGGGCCCGCAUCCAGAUCAACCUGGCGGUGUCGCAGGUGGUGGACAUCAAGCAGGUGGCCACCUUCCCUGACAUCGUGUUCCCCAUACUGUGGUUCGAGGAGGGUAUCGACGAGUUACCGGACCAAGUGACGUCACUCCUUCGUUUAGCGACUAAAGCUCCGCCCGUCGCCCGCGCCGCUCUAGGAUGGGGACUCACCGCGUUGGGAGCCCUGCUACUACUACUGGCUGUAACUUGUCUUAUACGAUCUUCGCAUCGCCAAAGCACACUAAGACUGGAGGGGCACGCGGUCGCCAAACCGCCGCCGGCCAAGACUCCCAGCAAAGAAAACGGAUACGAACUCAACAGCAGAAGAUAACUAAACACACAAACUCCAUUGUAAAAUAAAUAAAACCCUAACGUCACCCCCCCCCCCCAACCCCCCCCCCCCACUCCUCUAUAGUAGGUAUGACGUCUUAACUUUUCUCUCUUCGUCCAUCAGUUUGAUUAUCAAAAACAUGUACAUGUGGACACGUAUUUUUGAAGCGAAACUUCCUUUCGGGCGGCGUGGAAAUGGAAAAUCCUGUGGAAAAGAUGAAACGGAAAUGCGUCACGAGCGUCACACUACUAUGUACAUACAGGGUGUGACAAAAGUCCGAAAUAAAACUUUAGGGUUUGGUUGUGUUCCUUGUAUAGAAUUACCUACGAAAGUUUGACGCCUCUGAGACCACUUUUAUUUUCUAAUUAAAUUAAUAAAAAUAUCGUUUUUACGCCUUCCUAUGGCAACCCUAUAAAUGCGUACGAUUACUACUACCUAAACAGACCCCCCUCUCUCCCCCAGGCGUCCCUGCGCCCCGCUCAGAUACCUACAAAUUUUUAAUUCGGAAUACAUACCUACAAAUUUUAUUUCGGAAUUCUGAAACACCCUUUAUAUAUGUGUGUGUGUGGGAUGCGUGCGCAGGUCUUCCCGACGCACAUGAAAGUUGGAGGGUUACUCGGCGAAGGCUGAAAUGCGUCACGGGCGUCACACGCGACAAUAUAUAUAUAUAUAUGUCCUCCAUUCCCCUAUGCCUUAUGCACCGCCUAAUGUUAGGUUAUUUAAGAAAAGAAGUUUCAUUUCAAAUGUAUUCUCUGUGUACACAAUUUUUUUUCUCUUCGUCAAUCAGGUUGAUUACCACAAAGUAUUUGAGACGUUUGUUUUUCUUUAUUCACAUAAUUAUAACAUUAGAGAGGUAUAUCGAUUCGAAAUGUCACAUGACGUCACGCCUUGGUACAAUUUUUACUUGAAAGCGACGUCACAAGCCGAACUCCCGAACUGAAGGCUAUUCGGCAUGAAUCCGCCGCUAGAGGCGCUCGUGUAGCGCGAGUUCUCCGAAAUGUCAAAUGUUAUUGCUUGUAGCU